ACGAUGUGCGCUGAGUCCGUGUCCAUUUUUUGCAUGAGACGGAGCUGAUCAUUUCCUGCCUGUAAACGAAAGUGAAAUUAAGUGUCGGGAUUUUAAAGGCAGAGUCGCCAUUUUAUCAAGAAACAUUUUAUGAAGAUUCUGGAAUAAUGUAAAGAUAUUCUAUGUUUCAAGAGGCCCCAGCAGGAAUCAUCUGGUCUGGAUCAGCAUAAAAAUGGAUGGAUCUGCUUCUGAAAUGCGCCCCCCUGUGGGGUGUAAGAGAAAGAGCCCUGAGAGUGUCGUGAUGGAGACAGACUCCCCUGUACCCAGCUGUGUUUCCCUGAAGAGUGACGCAUCAAUGGGAAAACCACUCAACUUCAGAGAGGGACCUUUUCCUACAGAUCAAAGAGACCAAAUGGAAGAAUGCAGUUCAAAUCUACAUGAUAAAUCGGGUUUAUCAUCCAUAUUGAAGACACUAGAGGAAAAAGCCAUGAAGUUCCUAAAGGACGAGCUGAAGACGUUUGUGAGGUACCUAGAUCAGAAUUACCCAGAAUGUUUUGAGCCUCAGCUGGAGGAGGACAAUGACCUGGACUGUGAUGGUCAGAUGCAGAAGACCAGUGUUAGAGAGGUAGCUCUGAAGAUCACAAUGUACAUCCUGAGGACCAUGAAGCAAAAUGAUCUUGCUGACCUGCUGGACAAGAGACAGCUCAUGCUACAGGAAUUCAAAGGUAAACUUAAGAAGCAAUUUGAGUGUGUAUUUGAAGGGAAAGCUAAGGAAGGACAGCCAACACUUCUCAGUGAGAUUUACACAGAACUCUACAUAACCGAAGGUGGGACUGGAGCAGUGAAUGAUGAACAUGAAGUGAGACAGAUUGAAACAGCAUCCAAGAAAAGGCGAACAGAAGAUACUACAGUCAAGUGCAAUGAUAUAUUUAAACCCUUAUGUGGGCGUGAGACACCUAUCAGAACUGUACUCACUAAAGGGGUGGCAGGUAUCGGGAAAACAGUCUCUGUGCAGAAAUUUAUUCUCGACUGGGCAGAAGGAAAAGCAAACCAGGAUGUUCACUUCAUGUUUGCUCUUCCUUUCCGGGACCUGAAUUUGAUUAAGGGUGAAUACAGUCUGAUUGAACUGCUUCACCACUUUGUCCCAGAACUGAAAUCAUUUCAGUCCACUGAGCUGUUUAGGUACAAAGUCUUGUUCAUCUUUGAUGGCCUGGAUGAGUGUCGCCUUCCUCUCGAUUUUCAGAACAAAGAAAGCUGGUUUGAUGUAACAAAGAAAACGUCACUGGAUGUGCUGUUGACUAAUCUCAUUAAGGGGAAUCUGCUCCCAUCCGCUCUCCUCUGGAUAACCUCCCGGCCAGCAGCAACCAAUCAGAUACCUCCUGAGUGUGUCCACCAGGUGACAGAGAUACGAGGGUUCAGUGAUGCCCAGAAGGAGGAGUAUUUCAAGAAGAGAUUUAAUGAUCGGACCCUGGCCAGCAGGAUUAUCACACAUGUGAAAUCAUCAAGGAGCCUCUUCAUCAUGUGCCACAUACCUGUGUUCUGUUGGAUUUCAGCCACUGUGCUUAAGAGGCUUUUUAGUGAGACUGACAGGGGAGAAAUUCCAAGGACUCUGACUGAAAUGUACACACACUUCCUGAUCUUUCAAACAAGUUUAAAAAAUGACAAGUAUAUGAAAAACCAAGAAACUAAGCUUAAGGAAUACAGCAAGCAAUUCCUUUUAAAACUUGGUAAUCUUGCUUUUGACAACCUGGAGAAAGGAAAUCUCAUAUUUUAUGAGCAAGAUCUGACAGAGAAUGGCAUUGAUGUCAGUGAAGCUUCAGUUUACUCUGGAGUGUGCACAGAAGUCUUUAAAGAGGAGUAUGGGUUGUACCAGGAGAAGGUGUACUGCUUUGUGCAUCUGAGCAUCCAGGAGUAUCUCGCUACUUUAUAUGUGUUCCUGUCAAACUCAUCAGCUAACCUGCUGAAGACUGCAGUGGAUCAGGCAUUAGAGAGCAAGAAUGGACACUUGGACCUCUACCUCCGCUUCCUCCUGGGCCUCUCAACAGAAUCCAGUAAGACUCUGUUACAAAGGCUGCUGGGACAGAGAAGAAAGAGAUCACAUGACAUUAACAAAAUAACCAAAUACAUCAAGGAGAAAAUAAAGGAGAAUUUAUCUCCAGAAAGGACCAUCAACCUGUUCCACUGUCUGAAUGAACUGGGUGACAAUUCCCUAGUAGAGGAAGUACAAAGAUACCUGAAUUCAGGAAACAUUUCAGCAGAUGACCUCUCACCUGCACAGUACUCAGCUCUGGCCUUUGUGAUGCUGAUGUCAGAUGAGGAGCUGGAUGUGUUUGACCUGAAGAAUUACAUUAGAUCAGAUAAACAGCACUGCAGGCUGCUGCCUGUGGUCAAGAACUCCAGGACAGCUCUGCUGAACAGCUGUGAUCUCAUAGAUAAACACUGUGAAGUGCUGACUUCAGCUCUAAGAUCAAACUCUUCCCCCCUGAGAGAGCUGGACCUGAGUGACAAUAACCUGAAGGAUUCAGGAGUGAAGCUGCUCUCUACUGCACUAGGGGAUUUACACUGUAAACUGGAGAUAUUGAGGCUGUCAGGCUGUACAGUCACAGAAGAAGGCUGUUCUUCCCUGGCUUCAGCUCUGAAGUUAAACCCCUCACACCUGAGAGAGCUGGACCUGAGCUACAAUCACCCAGGAGAUUCAGGAGUGAAGCUGCUCUCUGCUGUACUGGAGGAUCCCAGCUGUAAACUGGAGAAGCUGCAUGUGGAUCACGGUGGAGAGUGCAGGACCAGACCAGGCUUACAGAAAUACUCCUGCCACCUGACGCUGGACCCCAACACAGCAAACAGAUGGCUGUCUCUGUCAGGGGGGAACAGGAAGGUGACAGGGGGGGCAAAGCAGCCAUAUCCUGAUCAUCCAGAGAGAUUUGACCGCUACCCCCAAGUUCUGUGCAGAGAGAGUCUGACUGGCCGCUGUUACUGGGAGGCUGAGUGGGAUGGAGAUGCAGCCUGGAUAGGAGUGACUUAUAAAGGGAUCGGGAGGAAAGGAGGGAGUUAUGACUGUGGGCUUGGAGUCAAUGACAAGUCAUGGAGUCUGUACUGUGAUACUGACAGUUACUCUGUCUGUCACAAUAAUAAACAGACUCUCAUACCCAUACGGCCCUCAGGCUCCCACAGAGUAGGACUGUAUCUGGACUGGGGGGCUGGUGCUCUGUCCUUCUACAGAGUCUCCUCUGAUGGACUGACCCCCCUGCACAGAUUCACCUCCUCAUUCACUGAGUCCCUCUAUCCAGGGUUUUAUGUUUAUAAAAACUCCUCAGUGUCACUGUGACGUGUUGCUGGUUCUCCUGCAAAAAGGUAAAAUCUCUGCUUUUUAACCUUUUAUAAUCCUUUUUUACUCCCCACUCUAAAUUGACUUGGCCACUGGCACACCUCAUACAGCUAAUCAAUCUCUCACUGACUUUUAAACCAAUAUAUUUAAUUAUUUAAUUGAGCUGUUGGUGAAAUUUAACAAAAUCAUGGAACGGCUGAGUUGCCCCUGAAGAGAAGAUUGGGAACUGAAGCGGUGUUCAUCUAGCCAUCCAACUAGAUAUCAGUAACUUUUUAGAAAACAGAAGAAAUUAUUACUAGUUUUUAUUGUGUUACUCUUAAUUUGCACACAUUCUAAUAUUAAAUUGUAUUUUUUGUUCUAAGCCAAAGUACACUUGCUACCCAGAUAAACAGCUUUAAACAUUUCUUUGGACUGACUAAGACUUUUGCACAGUACUGUGUGUUUGACAAACAAAAAAUGACUGUCUUCAGUGAGCUGAAUAACAUCAAAAAUAUAGUUUCAUAGUUUUUUUCUUUGACUAAAAUGUAACUAAAUGUAAUCCUGAUUGAGGGGGGGCUUUCCCUCUCCCCUGUAUAUGUACAUUUGAUAUAUUUUUGUCCAUUUACUGUAUUCCCUCCCUGUACAAUGACAGUAAAGGCUUUCUGUUCUGUCCUAUUAAUGUCCUGCUUCAGCGUCACCCAAAGCAUAACUGAGUAACAU